ACAAAUAUGAAAACGCAGUGGCAUUAAAAUUACGCAUGAUAUCCAGACAGCUGCUAACGUCACAGGAGAAAGCACGUGUAUAUAAAAAGGCGCAAGUAUAGAACCAUGAUCUGCUUCUGAAGAUCCAGUCUUAAAGAGGAUGGGGAAACUCAGCAUGAUUGCAAUAGUCGUCUUCGUUUUGAACGCAACGCCAGCACGGUCUUUCUCUAGCCCAACCACCACCGUUCCUCCUUUAUUCGUGAAUUACAGUGUUUCGCUGUUUAUGAACACCACGGAAGCGAUUUGGACUACGCUGUCAACUAAAAACAGUACGGUCUGGUGCAAUGUUGACAGGACGUCCAACAUAACCGACAACACCAUAUAUUUUAACCGUUCUUUUGUUGACGGUGGCGGCAAGUGGGUUACCCUUCCAUAUCGAGGAGAGGUUCCGGAGAAUAUGACCAAUAUUAUGUUGGCAGGAAUUACAGGAGCGCCAGUGAGCACUAACGAAAAAUUGGUGUAUGCAACAUCGAACUACAGUUGCGGUGUCUUUUAUGUGGACUACGUUGACGUGCGCCAGAGCAUCCAGCACACAGCCACACAGACGUGUCGACUUAAGAGAUUCCAAGAACUCGACAAUGGCAGUCCUGCAGGCCGCGUCAAGCAUCCUUAA